AUGUUAUAACUUACUGAAUUAAGAAAUACUGAAGAAGAGGAACGGAAAUUCUUCAAGCAUCCGUAUAUGGAUAAAUUAUAGCAAUCAUCAUCCAAGUUUAACUUUGAGUUAAAUGACUUGAAAGACUUCGAUCUUCCAGAACUUAGAAAGGAUAUUAGCAAUGAACCACAUAUCAAAUCAAUUAAAAGUAAAGGGUUAUCUAAUAUAUACUCUGAGAUAAAACCCUAGAGUAGUUUUUAAAACUUUUUCUCAGAAGUAUUUGUUGAAAGUCUCCCUAAAUUAGGAGGAGAUGACACUUCAGGCAAUGGAAAUGAAGAGCUCAACUUCAAAGAUAUUAAUAACUAGUACAAUUCAAAGUCACCGUGCGUAAGGAGAAAAAAUCUAUUCAGUGAAUAGAGCAGUGAUUCUGGCAAAUAAGCAGACACUUUAAGAGUUAAUACGUAGCCUUAAUGCAAUCAGAGUCAUGCUUAUAGCAAAUAAACAAGCGAGGUAUUGUCCAAAGGUCCAUUAAUCAAGCAAUCACUCUCGUCUUGUUUCUCUGAAUCAGAAUCACAGCAAUCCACAUAUAUAACUCCAUCAACAUAAUAAAAAACUGGGAUUCUAAAUACAAUGUAGACUCCAAGAGAUACUUUGGUUUCCUAGUAGUAGUCGAGAAAGAAUACCUAGUCUGAAACCUUAUCAUCUGCUCUAAACUUUAAUACUGAUUGGAUGGCUUGCCUGCAAAAAGGUAAUUACUUCAUAAAGCAUCAUAGAUGGUUCAGUGCAAAGUUCAGGCAUGUCUGGUAUGACAAAGAAAAGCAGAGAAUAUGCUGGAGUGAUCCCAAAAAAGAAUUACUUAAGUGCAAAGGUUAUGUCGAACUAAAAUAUGUAAAGGAGAUUAAGGAUGGUUAAGUUAAGAGUAAAAAGGUUAAGGAUGCUGAGAAAUAGAAAAGAAUAUUCAGUAUAGUAUCUAAGAAGAGGACCCUUGAGCUCGAAGCUCCAACAUUGAAAACCUAUCUAGUAUGGAAAUCAUAUUUUCAAAUGCUAUUGAACACUCAGAAAACCAAACUAUGA